AUAAUGUGUUGUGUUACAGACACUACUGAGUGAGUUCAACAAGGAGCAGGAGGCGUUCAUUAAGGCGAAGGGAGGUAAGGGAGGCGAAACUCUGGCGCCCUGGGUCGGCUACCCUGACGAAGACAGCCUCAAGGAGGAGAUCCUCGCUCUCUCUACUGAUCGAAGGAACUUUGUACGUAGUCCCCCUACUGGAGUGAGCUUUGAGUUUGAGUUGGAAGCCUUCCUGCCCGUCGCUCAGGCUACCCUCGCCGCUGACCCCAACCUGGAGAAGAUGCGCUUCGAACUGGUGCCCAAGACGAUUAAUGAAGAGACCUUCUGGAGGAACUACUUCUACCGCGUUGGUCUUAUCAGGCAGAGCACAGAGCUGUCGUCGUUGGAGAGGGAAGGUGUGGACGCUGCCAACAAGACCACUGCAGAUGGAGACAAGGGAACUAAGGGUAAGGAUGAUGACGUGGACCACCCAGACAGUCCCAGCCAUGGAGGAGAGAGCGAGUUUGUCUCAGACUCUUUCCAGCCAUCAUCAAAAGACCUGGAGGAAGUGAAGCGAGGGAUCUCUAACCUCACCAAACCCUCAGAGGAGGACUGGGAGAAGGAGCUCCGUGAAGAACUUGGAGAGGAGCUGGGCGAGUACGAGGUGGUGGGUGGAGCUGGAAAGGACAACGAAAAGUGGGAAGAAGAGAUUCAAAAUAUGAUCGACGACGAAGACUCUGGAGAUCUCCGAUAAUUAUUAACCUAAAUUGCAGAGAUCCAAUGUUUAUAUAUUCAGAUACAGUACUUAGACUCUUUAGGAAUAAGGUAAUAUUUGGGUCAUAACUGAAACAACAGAGAUGUAUGACUAGCUGUUUAAAAUCAAAGGCUAUUCAUGUUUUAUACCAGUGAUUAAGAAGUUAAAUAUGUCUUAUGUGAAUUAAGAUGUAAAUAUGAAAACAGCAUCCCACAGUUGAAAGAAGUAAGACUGGGUCAAGUUAUCAGUUAUGAAUACGACAUUUACUUAACAAUUAAAAGUAUAUUGUGAUUGUUACUGAAGCAUUUAUCUUUUACACUUAACAGUAAGAGUGAUUGCCUUGUAUGGUUAAAGGAUGAAAAUAUUUAUUGUACUCUGUAAUUGUGAUCAGUCCUAAAUUCCUUUGAGGCUAAUGAUGGGAAAUUCUAAGAAUAAUGUUUAACAAUUGCCAUUCUCGUCAUCUUCCACUUAAUAAUACCCAGCAUAUAUGCAGAUAAAAUAAGAAACAAGAGUGUAUAAUUGGAUACGGCCUCUUUAGCUUUAGACCUUUGUUCUGUAAAGCUCAUUUUCUUAUGUUAAAAACAGAAAAUGAUCCUAACAGAUAUAAGUCAUGUAACAUUAGUAUCAGUUUACAUUCCUAGUACCUCCAUCCUCUCAUUGGUUUGAUACAAGGCCGCACUACCCACACUCCAUGAAUAAGACAUUUGAAGUCAAGGUAUUGUUGCCUUGUGAAAACUGGACCUAAAAAUCAAUGAGACGAAUGGAGCUCAAGGACAGAUGAACACAUUUAGUGGAACACCAGACCUGGAGGAUGAACAACAAUAUUGUUGUUGAUGAAUUUUUUAUGAAAUAAAAGACUGAUCAAAUAUAAACAAGUUAAUAAAGAAGGUUAUGAUAAUCUGCACUGACAAAUUUGUCAAAUUGAUAAAUGAAAGCAUAAAAAAUAUUUCGGUGUGUGCUUCGGUGAUUUGAAAGACAUUUUUGUUAGUUGAGAAGCUGUCAGUGUGAAGAAGUUACCAGGAGGUAAAUAUGUAUCUCAGCCCAUACAGUACACCUCCACAUUCACACUUCAGGAAUAUUACGUCCACUCUGUACUACCUGAAGGUGUACUGCAACCAAACUCAUUUGUAGUUGGGAAUCAGUAGAAUGAUUUUAAUUUUAUUGCUUGGUAAAUUAAUUGUCUUUCAUUGCAAUAAUAAAAACAAGUCUCUGCUUCCAUCAUCCAUAAACAAAAAUUGUUCUCACACUUAAUAAUUUUAUCAAGAUUUGUAAUUAUGUGCCUUAUGCAUUGGAGUAGGAGCUUCAGUUUCCAAUUUUUGUAAGAGGAUAACUGAACUUGAUUCCAGCUCUACAUAGGGCUCGUAAUGGCUGAUCUAGUCACAACAUGAUGUGCACGUUAAGCACUAAGUAAACAGUGGCGGGCUACCUUGACGCUACCGCUCUUAACGGUGUCAACAUGUGAUGUGACCUAGUGAUUUAAUGCUUACAUUUGGAUAUUAUUAAUGAUAUGGAUUUUAGAAGCUUUCAUCCAUCGGCUUCUAUAAGACAUAUUUGACUCUACAGUUCAGUGGCAGUCAACAAAAAUAAACAUAAUCAGUGAUACUGCAAGAAAUCACAGGUAGCUGUCACAUUUUACUGUGCUUAAUUAUGCAAGAAAGUAGUUCUCUUUUGCUGUUUUUUACUAUGUGUUUAUUUCAAUUUAGGAGACUCAUACACUGGAUGACAUUUUUAUGACCAUUGUUACAUGACAGUGUGUUUUCAGAAGUUUUGAGAACUAAAGCAGUUAUUUCUAAACAAACUUUUGCACAGUGUAAAUGAGCACAUCAGAUCCUCAGAUCUCAUGCAGCCCACUUUAUGGGCCCAUAUUCUCAAAGAAGUGUUGACUAAAAUUCUUCCUGUAAUUAGAGACAAGAGAAAGCAACUACCGUACUUUCAGUUGAGUCUCAGUCUAGUUAUGAUCCCAUUUUGGACAUUGUAUAAGACGUGUAGUUCAGGUGAGAUUGUACGAUACUUUCUUACGUCUCCAGUUAUGAGGAAAAUUUAAUGAACACAGUUUUAAGAAUGUCGCCCCAGGAUGGUAAUCAGCAAGAAGUGGAGAAUUACUGACACCAACAACAUCAAGAGGCCAGUGUGCUGUGGACAGACUCUAAGUAACACCUUGCAUUGCUUUACACAGCUUUAUGUGGGAAAAUAUUGAUAAAUAAUAUAUACAGUACGUAUGUCAUUUUGAUUUGGCAGAAAAAAAUAUUUAUUGAGUUUGUAUAAGAAAUACAGUACUGUACUGUAUACUUAUUUUAUGGUUUGUAAUAUAUUUAGUUUGAAUGAAUGCUUAAAUAUCUUAUAAAUAACUGUAGUUAUUAUUUAAGUAAUGCUGAUGUAGCUCCUCCUUAUGAUUGAUCUUUUUCUCUGAUCUUCAGGAUUUUAUUAGUUGUAAUGGAAAGUAUCACAUAAUAUGAUAGUGAUAAGUUCUUGCAAUAUUUUUAAUAGGGUUUAUUUACUUUUAUAUUUAUCAAGUUUAUGUUAGGGAUAGUAACACUCCAUAAGUGCAUAUUACUGGUGUUGAAUUAAAACUCUUUACUCACAAUCUUCAUGAUAAACUAUCUAGAAAAAUCUUCACAGCUCUCCUUCAGGAUGUGUGAUGUAAAAGUUGUAUGAAAGAGUGAGUCAUAAUUCCAUUUUGUGAGUGAUGGAACCAACAACAACAACAGCAGCAUCAUAAGGUGGACUUGAAUGUCCUGUAUUUUAACACUGGACCAAUGGUCAUUUUUAAGGGUCUCAGGCCAGUAGGCAGCAAACAAUCAUUAAAGUACCUCUUAAGUUGUCUGUAGGCUUAUGCUUGAACUGAAACGAGACGCUUCCUUGGGAUAACUUGGGCACAGACGACUUUGAAUUAUGUACGAUUGUAAACAAACCGCCUGGACACUGGGCCCUUCUUCAGCUUCUUCAUAAAUUGUUGGCCAUAAAGCUUUAUACUGUAUGAUAGUGAUCAGCCUCAGUGGUUCUCUGCCUCUAUAUUUCUGGAGUAUAUGUUAUUACCUCAUUAGGAUUAAUGUUUAUUUUGUGAAAAAGUGAUGCCGGUAAAAUUUUACUGCAGCUACAGUUAUUUAAAGUUGUUGUAAAGCUACAGCUGUAUUUUAUCCUAGUUUUAUAUAUAUACAGGUAUAUAUAUAUAUAUAUAUAUAUAUAUAUAUAUAUAUAUAUAUAUAUAUAUAUAUAUAUAUAUAUAUAUAUAUAUAUAUAUAUAUAUAUAUAUAUAUAUAUAUAUAUAUACACUAUAAUAUAAUAUAUACAGUUAUUACUCUGCAGAAAUGAUGUAUUUUCAGUGUAAAAAAAUGGAAUCCAUGAAAUGUUCAUAGAAAUAUUAAUGUCACUGUUAAUGUUUGAGAAUAUAAGAAAACACUUUAAAAACCCAUAAGACCCCAUCAAGAUGUGAAGAAGCUGAGAGUGACCACACCUCCCCUGGCACACUGCACCAUCUUCCUGCACUGUGACAGUAUGGAAGGUGCCUCAACAUGUAGCUAGACGGAUGUUGUGUGAUGGUUUGUUUGUAUGUAUGUUUGUUCAUUGUUUGGCAGCUGUCCUCUGCCAUGUGAUGUAGAAAUGUUGUCCCUUACUAUGUUAUACUAUGGUACCUGUGCCCAGUAAAAUGGAUUAACUA